AUGAGCGCGACGAUCUUCAUCCAAGUGGGCCAGUGCGGCAACCAGGUGGGCGAGGCCUUCUGGCAGCGUGUCCAGAACAGCAUCGUCGGUGACGGCGGCGCGGGCCUGGGACCGGACGACGUGGGGCAUUUGUUGCGCGAGGACAGCAGGGGCAAGCUGCAUGCCAGGGCGGUGAUGGUGGACACGGAGCCCAAGGUCGUCGAGCAGUGCAUGCUGGGCCCCGCGGGCAACCUGCUCGACCCCACGCGCGUCGCCACGUGCCACCACGGGCGCGGCAACAACUGGGCGUUCGGCUUCUUCGGGUACGAGCACGUGAAGCCACGCGACCCGGUCUGGCGCGAGGAGGCGGGCGCGUUGACGGACCGCCCCGCGUGGAAGACGCCGAUGGCGAUCAAGAGCGAGCUGAAGUACCACGAAGAGGAGCGGUCCGUGGUGCGGAGAGCCCUGGAGGCCGUCCGCAAGGAGGCAGAGGCAGCUGACUCAGUGCCUGACGUGGUGCUGCUGCACUCCCUCGCCGGCGGCACGGGGUCCGGCCUCGGGUCCAGGGUGCUCGUGUCGCUGCGGGACGCGAUCGGUCCGAAGGCGUUCGUGAUGGCGUCGUCCGUCGCGCCGCGCAUCGGCGGCGACACUGUCCUGCAGCCGUACAACGUGGCGCUGUCGGCGAAGCGGCUGCGGGAGCACGCCGACGGCAUCGCGAUGUUCGACAACGGCGCGCUGCUCGACCUGCUCGCGCCGCAGCGCGGACCGCGCGCCAAGGCCGUCCACGCGGGCAUCACCGAGGUCAACGAGUACAUCGCGUCGUGUCUGGCUGGGACGCUCCUGCCUGCGUCAGGGGGUUACGGCGGCACCCCCCUGCAGGAUCUGAUCGCGCACGUCGCUCCGGACCCCAAGUGCAAGUUCUUCGAGAUCCACGCCGCCGCCACCACCUCGGAGUACACCCCCCUCGCGGCCAGCGCGGCCCCGUGGACGGAGGUGGCGCGCAAGCUCUCGUCGGCGGGCCCGCGAGCGCUGGACGGCGGCGUGCCGGUGACGUCCGCGGCGAGCGUGGUCACGGCGUGGGGGCUCGACCUCGCUGCCCCGCCGCCCCCCGCCGCGCCCAAGGCCAAGACCAGGGUGCGCGCGAUGAACCCUGGCAACCGCGAUGCGUUUGCGCGGCCGCAGAACGUCGAGGUGGACCCGAAGGAGGCGGCGGAGUUCUGGACGGGCGCGGUGCUCGAGGCGUUCGAGCGCGCGAGCGGGAACAAGCCGCUGGAGUGGGCAGAGACGAUGCUGCGGACGUCCAGGACGUGCCCGGUGGCGGUGGUGCCGCCCGACGCGAAGACGGCGGCGGGCCGCGGGGGCGCGGUGCGGCGCACGCCGUCGUCGAGCUCGUCCCGCGGGGCGCUGUCCUACGGCCAGGCUCUCACCGUGGCGUCCAGCCGGUCAACCACCGCCCAGUACUUCAACGCGCUGUGCACGCGGGCAGACGAGCUGAUGUCCGUGGGCGCGUACGUGCACCACUACGAGCGCUACGGGCUGCACCGCACGCAUCUGCGCGCGGCUGUGGACGCGGCGGCAGACAUCCGCGACGACUGUUCGUCCGUCCACGGGCUGCGAUGGGACGCGGUUUAG